ACAAAUAUUGACUUAUUUAGGGGUUUUUUAAUAAUUGGGGAUAUUUGCUCUCACUGGUCAACUUGCACAUUGUCGUAUGUCAUCGGUGAUGUCAUUCACUGACUCGGCAGUCUGUUUUUCUAUCUAUACCGACAUGUAAAUUGGUUUCUAAAAUAUUUGUCAUUUGUGAACGAUGCACUGCUACUGGUUCGCUUUGCUUCGAAGUUCGAAAUGAUUAUAAACUAGAGUUCGUAUCGAAAAAGUGACAAAAGUGAAUUUUGUCCGUAUAUUGUGGUAUGUCCUGGAACACCGCAGCCUAGCCCCGCGAAAUGUCGAGGGAAACAAAGAAUUCAGUCUUGAUAAAGGCAAUAGGAGAGAAUUUCAGAAAAAUAAAGCAGAAUAAAGAAAAUUCUUUACGCGAUCAUGCGCAAAAAAGGAACUUUAAAAUUUCCCGCCAUUUAUCAUUUUUGCGCACAAUAUGGCGGAUCAAGAAGGCAACAAUAAUAUAGCUCUUCGAGAAACUUUGAUUGAAUGUCUUACUCAUAUUUUAUCACCACAGCAAAUUAUUCGGUCAGCAGCUGAGGAGAGAUUGAAGUUACUCGAAGUAACCGAAAACUAUGGUGUCCAUUUGGCACAACUUUCAGUUGAUGUAAAUGGAGCCUUGCCAAUUAGACAGUUGGCUUCUGUUGUCCUGAAACAAUAUGUUCAAAUUCAUUGGUCAGUAAUAUCAGAGAAAUUUACACCACCAGAGACUUCUAGCAAAGCAAAAGUUGCUAUUCGCGCACUUCUUCCCCAUGGUUUACAAGAUCCAACCAGUAAAAUUCGUUCUAGCGUGGCGUACGCUAUCUCAGCAAUAGCUCACUGGGAUUGGCCCGAGGUGUGGCCAGAUUUGUUUGGAACUCUGAUGCACGCAUUAUUGUCUGAUGAUAGCAAUUUUGUUCAUGGUGCAAUGCGUGUACUCACUGAGUUUUCAAGUGAAGUUACAGACACUCAGAUUCCCCAAGUUGCACCUAUAAUUCUUCCCCAGAUGUGUCUUAUACUAACAGAAGAUAAGAAAUAUAGUAUUCGAACGAGAAGCAGAGCUGUUAACAUAUUCAAUACUUUUGCUGAAUUGAUUGGAACAUCUUGUGCAAAGUCCGUUGCCAAACAGUUAUUCCCAGUUCUAAAGAACUUUCCACCUUUAUUAACUCACGUUCUUGCUGUGCCCGAUGGAGAAACCUCUGAUUGUGGUUUAAAAAUGGAAGUCCUUAGGGCCUUGGCAACAUUAAUAACCCACUUCCCUAAAGAAAUGGCUGUUUAUCUUGGCGACGUGCUUCCUCAUGUAUGGAAUACGUUAACGCAGGGAGCUGAUCGUUAUCAUAAGACCGUUAUCAAUUACAUCGAAGACGCUGAUGAUCCUGUUGAUUCUGAUGGGGAAAUCCUUGGUUUUGAAACAGUGGUUUUUCAUGUGUUCGACUUUAUUCAUGCCUUAGUGGAAUCAUCGAAGUUUAAAGCUGUUGUCAAAACUCACUUAGAACAAUUAUUGUAUUUUCUUCUUGUUUAUAUGGAAAUCACCGAAGAUCAGGCAUGUGCGUGGUCUUCAGACCCUAAUAGAUUUGUUGAAGAUGAAGACGACGAAACCUUCUCGUUUUCCGUUAGGAUAUCCGCCCAAAAUCUGUUGUUGUCUCUUGCUGCAGAAAUGAAACAUGAAACGGCUACUUGUCUGGUCCAAGCGUUGUCGAAACACUUGCAGGAAUCACAGCUGGCUAAAUCAUCUGGAGAACAGUUUUGGUGGAAAGUAGACGAAUCGUGUAUGCUAGCAGUAGGGUCUAUUCAACCGCUUAUAUCAGAAAAAGUGUCCAAAUGUCAACUACAAUUCGAUAUUCCAAGAUUUUUAACUGAAGUUGUGCUGCCAGCUCUUGACGCAUCAGCAUCGCCAUUUCUUAUUGGUCGUGCUCUGUGGUUUAGCAGCAGGUUCACCCGUGAGAUGCCACCAGAUUUAUUAGCAAGGUUUCUUCAAGGUACUGUCAGCGGAUUACAUGAAAAUCAAGAUCCAGCCAUUCGAAUUGGAGCCGCACGUGCGACGUUUGGGUUCUGUGACCAAUUGAAGUCAAGUGGUAACUCGGCGUUAAUAACUUCGUAUCUACCAGAUGCACUUAACAGUUUAAUCAGCAUGUCAACCACGUAUCGAGAAGAUGCUCUGUCCUUGGUUUUAGAAACUUUAUCAAUUGUAAUUAGUAUGAAUAAAGAAUUAACAGCGUCAUGGGAAGACAAAAUCUCUCCUUUGGUGAUAGCCUUGUUCCUAAAACAUGGCAAUGAUCCACAGUUGAAUCCAAUCAUAGAAGGUCUAUUCAAAGAACUGGCAUAUAACGAAGCCUGUCUUCCAGUUCUGCAACAAAGGUUUUUACCAACAUUGGUCAGUUUAUUGGAAGCCCAUCAAGAGAAAGUCCCGUUAGGAAUAAGAGCUAUUGCUUUAGAUGUUUUGUGUCACAUAAUUCGUGGUAGUCCCCAAGUGUUGUCAGAUGCUCUCAUCAAUAAUGUGUUCCCAACUUUGGUAGCUUUUAUUCUGCGUUCAGACGACAACGCGUUGCUGCAGAGCGGUGGAGAGUGCAUUCGUGCGUUUGUUUCUAAAGGUUCGGAGCAACUUAUUAAUUGGCACGACAGUUCAUCUAAUAGUGGAAUUGCUUAUGUUGUUCAAGUCAUUUCGCAUUUACUUAAUCCAAAUAUUUCUGAAUAUGCCUCAUGUUUUGUGGGAAAACUUAUAAUAAUUCUCGUAAAAAAGGUGGGACAAAAUCUUGGAGAAAAAUUGGACGUUAUGCUGCGAGAAACCCUUAGUAAAUUACAGCAAAGUGAUACACUCACAGUCAUUCAAUCUUUAAUAAUGGUUUUCAUAAGUUUGAUGUAUUAUCGACUUCAAGAUACUUUAAACUUCCUGGCCAAUGUACCAGAUCCCUCUGGGAAAUCUGCAUUGGAUUUCAUAAUUAAUAUUUGGUGCACGAGACAGCAAGAAUUUUAUGGAACGUAUGACGCUAAAGUUAGGAUACUCUCGAUGUGUAAAUUAUUAGAACAUACAAUAAAUAAUGAAGAUAGAAGACUUAGUGAUAUUAUCGUGAAAGGCGAAAGACGCGUGGAACAUGAAACUGGGAUAAUAAGAACAAGAUCAAAAGCCUCAAAACAACCUGAACAAUGGACGAAAAUCCAGGCACCUUUAAAAUUUUAUAAACUUAUUGUGGACGAAUUAUCGAAUUUAUAUCAGAACACUGAGGAUGUCGAGGAAGGAUCCGAUGAAGAUGAUGAUGAUUGGGAGGAAGAAGAAGAUGAAGAAGAUAUGACCGCUGGCGGAGCUAUGAAAAAUCUCCUUGGAUCUGUGUUUGCGCCAGCAACAGAUUUCCCAGGAUUUGACAGUUUAUUUGAUUUCCCUAUCGAUGAGGUUGAAGAUGAUCCUGAUGUUUUGGAAGACCCUAUAUACAGUAUGGAUAUCCAGAACUAUCUACUCGAGUUUCUCCGGGCAUUUUCAGGACACCCUUCAUUUCCGUCUUUCAAUAACGAACUUAAUACACAUGAAAAACAAACUUUAGUAACAGCAGGAAUAAUUCAUUAGUUCACACUACUUUACAACAUGUAUAUAUAAAAGGAACUGAAAAUUGUAAUUUGUUUUAUAAAUUAUCAAAUCUCAUUCUAUGCUUAAA